CCAGAAGGAUGACUCUUCUACCCAGACGUCUUGACCAAACUUGCAUUGAGGAGUUUCUCAGCAGCUUUGAUAAUGUAUUAUCAGAUUGUGACGGUGUUUUGUGGUAUGGUGACACUUUAUUAGGCCAGGCAAAUGAAGCUUUAAACCAGCUUCGAGCUUUAGGGAAGAAGAUAUUUUAUGUGACAAAUAAUUCUACUAAAUCACGUGAUGAAUAUGUUGCCAAGUGUAAGCGACUUGGCUAUAUAGCUGACAAGGAAGAGAUUGUGAGUUCAUCAUAUGUAAUGGCUCAGUAUCUCAAACAACUAGACUUCAAUAAAAAAGUGUAUAUUAUAGGAAUGUCGGGAAUGACAAAGGAGUUGGAUGACGUUGGGAUUGGACACAGUGAAGUUGCACCAGAACCUCUGACAGGACAUGUCUUUGACUUGGUGGAUACGAUAAAACUAGAUCCAGAGGUUGGGGCUGUGGCAGUUGGUUUCGAUGGUCACUUCAGCUUCCCGAAAAUCAUGAGAGCUGCAUCAUACUUAAACAACCCAAAUUGUUUAUUUAUUUGCACAAAUACGGAUGAAAAAUUUCCAAUUGAAAAUAGCUCUCUUAUAUUUCCAGGUACUGGUUGCCUUGUAAAAUGUGUGGAGGUAGUUGCUGAACGCCCACCAGUAGUAAUGGGAAAGCCUUCAGAGAAGAUGUUUAGUGUCAUCAGUGAUAAGCAUCAACUAAAACCUUCACGUACCCUCAUGAUUGGCGACAGGUGUAACACGGACAUUUUGUUUGGGAAAAAUUGUGGUCUUCACACACUGGUUGUUCUGAGUGGGGUAACAACAAUGAAGGACCUAGAAGACUGGGCUGACAGCGCAGAUGAGGAAAAACACAAAUUGCUAGCAGACUACUACCUACCAGAGCUUGGUGAUCUUGUAUCUCUGUUGAAUAACAGAAAUAUUCAAUAGCUUUCAAAAUCAGCUCAGCUGGUUAUGAGAUUAAGACACAUGUGCAACAUCUGGGUAUCUUUAUUGUAGACGUUUCGCCAUCCAGUGGCUUUAUCAAUACAAAUUCUAGGACAUAACUUGAAGACAGUAGAACUAUGUACAGA